AUGGAAAUGACGCUUAAUAACAAAAACAAGUUUGGAUUCGUUGACGGCAUGAUUCCGCCACCUGAGGAAGGUGUGUCUCAUCCUUCCAAGUUCUGCUGGCGUCGUCUAAACGACAUCGUCAGCACCUGGAUUCUCAACUCUGUUUCCAAGGAGAUCGCAUCGAGCUUGAUCUUUGCUGGUUCUGCUCAUGAGAUUUGGACAGAUCUAGGUCACCGAUUUCAGCAAAAGAACGGUCCUCGAAUCUAUGAACUUCGAAAAGAUUUAAUCAAUAUGAAACAAGAUUCUCUCUCUGUCUCUCAGUUUUUUACUAAGCUUGUGUGUGGGAGGAAUUAUGCCAUUUUCGACCUUCAUUACGCUUUCGGAAUUCUGUUGAUGAAGCCUUUGCCUAGCAUCUCUGAAGUUUUCUCGCUAAUCGUUCAAGAAGAGUGGCAACGAGGACUGACUUUUACUCCUCCAACAAGCAAUGAGACGCAACUGAAUUUUGCCGUGAAGAACACACAGUACAAUUCCAAGAUCCGGCAAGGGAAGAAAGAUAAGCCGCUCUGUACUCACUGCAGUUUACUCGUCCACACCAGGGACAAAUGCUACAAGUUACAUGGUUAUCCACCUAAUUACAAGAAGCAAAGUCCAGCCACAAUUCGAGUCAACCAUGUGGACACAAGUGAGGACAUUCCUCUUCAGCUCACUUCUCAACAGUAUGAACAAUUAAUAUCAUUCUUCUUUGCAUAA